AUGGCUACAAAAUUGUUAACGAUUAGAAAUUUGCUAAAUAAGCCAUUAAGUCUUUUAAUGAAUUCACCACAUUAUAUUAAACCAACGUAUAACCUUCAAACUUUUAGUACAACACCGAUAGCAAGUGUUAAUUUCUUUAAUAAACUACCUGCUGAGAAGUUAUGGAAGUCUGUUACAUCUGUGAGCAAUGCUGGAGCAAAAAAGGGUCGUGGAAAAGGUGCAGGAAGAAUUCGUAUCCGUGAUUUGAAUCGUGGCCAGGUGAUCGGCGUUGGAAAAAUAAAUAUGUUAUGGCCGGGUUUGUCGGCCCCAGUUAUAAGAGGGAGAGAGUUACUUAAGCAGCAGCGUUUGCCCGAUGAUCCUGAAAGAAUGGAAAAGUUAAUCAAGUUAAGAGAUUCAAUGACAAGAUUCCGCCGAUUGAAACUAAGCCCUAUUGAGAGAGGUUGGUCUGGAUCUCGAAUGCCAGGCAGGAGCAUUGGACCACCGGACCCAGUUGGUGAUGAGGAAUUCACUGGUUUUGACACGAAAGUCCUUCAAUUAAGAUCUUUGUUGAUCAUGAAAGGAAAUCUUGGAAGGACAAGGAACUUCCAAGCUAUGGUUGUAACAGGUAAUGGCCAUGGUCUAGCAGGUUUUGGAUUCGGUAAAGCCAAAGAAGCACCAUCAGCUUUAAGAAAAGCCAAAAAUAGGGCUGGCAAGAAGCUGAUGAACUUUGAAACUUACAAUGGACACACAGUUUUCCACGACUUUUUCACUGCUUUCGGUAAAACCAAAAUCUAUGUACAGAAGAAAAAUGAAGGUUACGGACUAGUUUGCCACAGGGCUAUAAGAGAAAUAUGUCAAGCUAUUGGCAUCAAGGAUCUGAGAGCCAAGGUGGAAGGAUCCAACAAUUUGCAACAUAUUGUAAAAGCUUUCUUUAUAGGCUUGUUGCAACAGCGAACCCAUCAACAGCUUGCCGAAGAAAAGAAACUUCAUUUAGUAGAGUUUAGACAAGAAAAUUCAUACUACCCUACCGUGGUUGCAAGCCCUUCAUAUGUCCGUACAAAAGACGAAAUACCUAAGGACGAGACACUCGAUUUUAUAAAUUACGUCAUGAAUGAUCGAGUCAUUCUAAAGAGAAAGAAGUUCCCUCGUUUCUAUGAAACAAUGCCACACUAUGAGAUAUAUCUGAAAAAGUAUGAGAAAUAUAGGAAUCACGAAAGAAUAAGACUUAAUCUGAAAACAGAAUAUGGAGAGGUGAAGAGUUUCCUAACUGAUAAAUACCCAGAGGAGAAAAAGGAUGAGGAAGCUUGA